AUGGAGACACUCAUGGCUGAAGUAAUCGCACAGCGGCCAAGCGGGCCCAAUGCCGCUCAGCCUGUUUCCCUGCAGCGCCAGCCCUCUUUCUCCUCGUUCCCUCCCUCGCGAUCGCCCUCUACCCGCAAUGGCCACCACCCGAAAGCUCGCUCCCCGCAACCCCCCAUGCUCCGCGAGGGCGACGAAGACGAGUCGAUCCAGUCCUCGCACGACGAGUCAUAUCAGUCCUCCAUGGCCGCCAUUCCCAGAGGCACCGCCAAGUUGCGCUCGCAGUAUCCCGCCGAUGCAGUCGAGAACCAUGUCGAAUACAUCCUGGUCGCCUCGUUCGACAUUGACCGCGGCUCCAUCAUGGAGCACCAGUACCCGGCGGCUAUCAGUGGAGACGAGACUAUGCUAGCAGAGCUCAUGUUGCCCGAUCAGGCCCACGUGCGCAGUCAAGACUGGACCAUCUUCUUCCUGCACAAGGACACCACAGCCGAAGAGGAGGAGCGCGAGGCACGGAGAGAGCGCAGGAGGCGGAGACGGCGGCGGAAAGAGGGCCUGGAAGAUGACGGCGACGACGAUGCGACUGCCGGCACGGAAGAGCAAGACGACGAAUACGAUGACGGAGACGACGACACAGAAAGCGAAGGGGAGCCAGACCCUGACGGGCCACCAUUGGUCUAUGUCUUGAACCUGGUCAACACCAAGCAGGACAAUACGGUGAAGAGAGGUGCCAUCGUCAAAGCCAUGGCCAUAUGCACGCGCCAUCCCUUCCUGCACAUAUACAAGCCCCUGUUACUGCUGGCACUUGAAGAAUACUUCAGAGCACCUGUCCUGGAGACGCUCGAAUCUCUGUACAACGCCCUCAAUGCCAUGGACCUCUCACUUCUCCCGAGGCUCUCACCCCUGGAGAACUUCGUGCUUGGCGCUAGCGAUGCUAAAGACAUGUUCGUGGAGAAGUUUGAGCUCAUGGUCCGGCAGCGGAAGAAGCUCGAUGCUGCGAGAGACUCUGUCGAAACAUCUUCAGAUCCUCAAUCGCGCAAGAAGACAUACACUGUCCCGCGCGACACGCACGAGUUCGAGUCCAAGAUCAACUAUAACGGCAUACCCGUUCCUGUCAAGAUACCCACCGCUUUGAGUCCAGAGACUGUGGGCGACUUCUCCUUGAUCAAGCUCAUCCAAACCUUCUCCGCGCCCCACGCGGCGCAACCGCAGCCCUUCGCUUUACACCCACAUCUGACCACGAGCGGCGCAUUCACUCAUCCCAUCAUCGUCCUCGUCAACGCCCUCCUCACACAGAAGCGCAUCAUCUUCAUCGGACAUAAUCGCCCUUCAGGCGAAGUCGCUGAAGCUGUACUAGCAGCAUGUGCUCUGGCCUCGGGCGGCAUUCUCCGCGGCUUCGUUCGCCAUGCGUUCCCAUAUACCGAUCUUACCAAAGUAGAUGACCUGCUGAAGGUACCUGGCUUUAUUGCUGGCGUCACCAACCCAGCGUUCUCCUACAAGCCCGAGUGGUGGGAUCUGCUUUGCGAUCUGCCGACCGGUCGCAUGAAGAUCAGCAAUCGCAUUGAAACGGCGUCACCCACAGAGGGCUCCAUGUUCUUCCAGCAACAGGGGCUACCAUUGAAUGGGCCAGGUGCACCACCAGCCUUUGACGGCAAGGGCGGCGGUGUCGAUCCGACCGGCGACACCCAAUUUAUGGACAGACUUCUCGAGAGCAUUGCCAACCGUCACGGCGAGAAUGCUAUACGAGCUAAGUGGCGUUCGUGGGUGCUCAAGUUCACCCGCAUCGCGGCCGCUUUCGAAGAGACGGUCUAUGGCGCUUCGGCAUUGUACAUUGGCUCCCACGAGACCGAUGUUGGCGCAUAUGGUGUCUCUGGCCAUGGCUACGUCUGGCCAGACGAGAACCAUAAGCUACGCGAGCUCGCUGCAAACGUACACCGUAUCGAGGGCUGGCGCAACACAAGGAGUUAUUACAGCUGCGUUCAAGAUCUAGCGAGACAUUGGAAAAAGAGACCAGUGCGCGGUCUUGAUAUUGGCCACCAGCACGACAAGUUACGAUGCUUGAAACUUACGCACGAUCAAUCUGCGGGCAUUUAUCUUGCACUUGCGCGGUGUGUUGAAGAAGCGGGUUCACCACCUAGUGAGAGUGCGAAUGCUUCUUCGAGUGAUUUGUCGUCCAUGGCCCAGUCACUUUCCAUCGCGAAUGACUCUGAGCGCAAGGCGAAUUCGCAGCUCCAGUACGACACCAUCCUGCAGCUGCUCUGUGUGAUCCCAGAUGCUGGUCUCUUCUAUCUUAGUCUAGGCUUGUUUCAUCCUCGACAGGAUGUCAGGAUGGCGGUCGUGAGAUUACUAGAGAGGAUCAUGGACCACUCUGCUGGUCGGCACUACUGGGGUCAAUUAGGACGUUUCGCCAAACUGGCCUUCUUCAGAGUGAAAAGGGAAGAAGCGCAGAAGUAG